UAUCAUUUCUGGUACGUGUUUCUGGACGACUUCCUCGAAAUUAAGAAACUACCAAACUAACCGGUUGUCGUUAGCAGAAGGGCCAUUCCGGUUUCCUGUCUGCCAGCAGGCAGCCAACAUGUUGGCCAUCCUGUCUGUGCUGCUAUUAUACAUUUGUAACCCCGUUGUUGGUGUUUGGUAUCAGCAAGUCUACUGCAGUAUAUCAGAAAGCUGUGAGUGCGACUUUAAGCCACAUAUCAGAGAUCUGGAGUGGGACCUUUACAAGAAUGUUUAUGGACAACAUCUGGCUCAGGACAUAGUGUCAGAAGAGGUGGCGAAGUUCCUUCAGAAUAAAAGCCCCGAGCGGCCCCUGGUGCUGUCUUUCCAUGGCGCCUCUGGGACGGGGAAGACCAUGGUCAGCGCCAUGCUGGGAAAUCAUCUGUACAGCUCUGCGAUGAGCAGCCCGUACGUCCAUCAGUUUGUUCCCACGCUGCACUUCCCCUUACCUGACCGAGUCAAGGAAUACAGGGAGGAGUUGAAGAGUUGGGUGCAGGGGAACCUGACGGAGUGCGCUCGCUCCGUCUUCUUUUUUGACGAGAUGGAGAAGAUGCCUCCAGGUCUCAUCGAUGUUUUGGAGCCUUUCCUUGGUCCCUCCCACGUUGUGUUUCGCACGAACUACCGGAAGGCCAUCUACGUCUUCAUCGGGACCACCGGAGAGGAGGUGAUCAACAGAGUGGCUUUAGAGAACCGGCAGGCGGGGCAGGAGAGGGAGGACAUCCAGCUGGAACACCUGCAGGAAGCCAUCGCACAGGCGGUCUACAACAGCACAACAAGCGGCUUCUUCCAGUCCAGGGUGAUCCAGCAGAAGCUCAUCACCCGCUUCGUCCCCUUCCUGCCGCUGAGCCGACGCCACGUGGAGCGCUGCGUCCGCUCGCAGCUCUGCCAGCGGGGCAGCUGCGGCCGCACGGACGUGGUAGAGGCAGUAGGGGGCGACAUGCUCUACACCCCCGCCCAGGGACAGUACUUCUCCACCACCGGCUGUAAGGCAGUCCCCGCCAAAAUCAACCUCUUUCUGUGAGCCAAGGUGCAAUCUGAUUGUUGAUUCCUAAGGAGUGAAAGGCUUUGAGGUGAGUCUGUGAAGAGGAACAGAGUCUGUCCCUCACAUGGCGGUCAGAGCAGCGUCUCCGGAGCAGCGGAAUUUAAAUCACAGCUUCGUGUAUUCAAAGCAUGCUAAGGUUCCUAGAAAGCGUUGUUGGUACACGUCAAACUCUGAACAUUACAAAACCAGGAUUUGUGCCACGCUCUACCUCAACCACAAUUCCUUUAAUUGAUGAACUCUAAAGGUGGUCCAGGCUUCAGCUGCAGUUGGGUUAACAUCAGUUAUGUCUUAAAGACUAUUUAUUCAGUAUUUAUUUAACUUCGACCAAUGCCCUCCUUUCACUUUUACACAGACGCACACAUUUCAGUCCCACUUCCCUCGCAGCAUCCCCCCGCAGCAGCUGGAGGCUAAGUGCCUUCUGGGAGUUUUACUAAAAUGGAUCAGAAAAGGGUUGUUAAAUUAAAAACUUCCGAAUGUUUUAAUGUGUUAUGGAAAAUAUAUUUACUAUUUACUACUCUACUACUUUGAUUACUACUACUCACUUUGCAACACAUGUGAGUAGUGGGAUGCAAUUCCAUGAGACACAUUCGAAACCGGAGUUUUAGGCAGAAAAUGUUUUAGCUAUCGUUGGUGCUGAACCAAAUCUAAUAAAUGUUAUUAGAAAUAUACAAUAAUUAUAAGGUUAUCCACCAAUAUGUGACCUUAAAUAAGAACCCAUUAUCAUUGAAAUAGCAGCUGCUUUUUAAUAAAUGUCAUUUAGAUGGGAUUUCCUCCUUUCCUUUGGAGUGUCAUGUCUAUUUUUAAAGACAUCAACAAGGAGGAAGACAUCUAAAGACCUAAGAAGGGCUUUACUUGAUAUAGUGUUGUUGUGGAUGUUGUAGUUUUUAGAGAUCAUCAUUUCUGCACCAGAGGGCAGUAAAGACUUCCUUUUGCCAAGAGUGUGAAGCAGAGUUCACACAAAAAUGAUGUGUAGUUGAAUUAAUGUAAAAUGUAUUGUAAGGAUGUUGCCUGUGUGUUUAAUCACACUCAAAAUGCACUUUACUUCUAUGAAGGAUACAAUGGAUCCGACAUGGAGCCUGGAAACUAACCAGACUCCAUGCACAAAUCUGUCGUUUUUUGUAUCUAUUUGACUCUGUGUGUUCGCCUCUGAAGCCCAGACGGUAAGAGUACACUAUUAGUGGAAUGUAGUUUCUUUUAUUUUUUGUAACCCUGCCAAUAAAUGACAUUCUCUCGUUUUAAGUCUCACAAUGAGGAGCAGACAUUGUUACAGGGUUGUUACAUGAACACCGAGUAACCAGUUUCAGCCGCUGAAGUGCCUGGAUGCUGGUAACUAAAGCCAAAUGCACAUUACUGGUACUAUAGUGUAAUGAACAAAUUAAAUCUCCAAACGCACAACAAAACAAUGUUCUGUUUUC